UUCGCCUAUCACGAGGCGCAAUUCUACUCCACAUCCUCAAAGACGUCGUGUGUAAGUACUUAACUUAAGGGUAGGUAGAAGGUGCUUUUGUUACCGUUUGUUAUGGCUCUCUCCCUUAGGUGGGGACAGCCAUAACAAGCGGGAUAAACGAACACCAAAAACCUACCUCUAAUUAACAACUUCAGCACGAUAAAAUGCGUGUCCGUUAUCUACUGGGCCACCUGCAAGAGCAGGGCCUAGUCCAGAAGGACUUUCUGAACAAAUUGGAUGGUUUCCGGUUAGCCAUAGAUGCGGUUUUCUGGCUGAGGUCCAUAAAAGCGUUGAAAGACCCAUUUGCAGACGCGAUCGGAGGAAUACCACCAGGGAUAUUUGGCUUCGUCGACAAGGAAUUGCAGCAGUUGAAGAGAGCGGGGAUUAAGCCGCUCUUCGUCUUUGAAGGAAUGGCGCCACCUGCACAGCAAAUGUCGCAACCGAGGGGAAAGUACAGCUACUAACACGACAUAUUUCUGGCAGAGAUGACUAGGACUUUUUGUUUUUUGUCUCUAUACGGAAUCCAGCUUUUCUUUUCAGCAGUACUCACUAGUCGAUGUUGUAAGGAAAAAAUGUCUAUGCAUCACAUUUCUUCAAGAAUAAGACUCUUCAUCUUUGAGAUUACACUGAGUUUCUUGAUAUUCUAAGGUCUACAUGCUUAUUCUACUACAUGACCAGGGGGGAAAACCAUAUGGACAUGGCAUGGAGUUUCUUAGCGAAUGGGCAAAAGGGGGAAGCGCAGAAAUGCUUUGCAGUCUCGACAUCAAGAAUAAACGAGGACUUCGUUUACUUCCUCUUUCACCACUUGAAGAGCAAGGGACUAGAGGUGUUUCAGGCGCCAUAUUUUGCGGGGACGCAGUUGGCUAUUUUUGCGGAACAGGGUAUUGCUUUCUUUUGAUUGUUAAAAACCUUGACCACUUGAAACUAGGACGAGUGCUGGACGACUAGUCUGCUGAAUAAUCGCAAUGUUUUUUGUCAUUGUGAGUACUGGACGACUAGUCUGCUGAAUAAUCGCAAUGUUUUUACUCAGAAUGACAUUGCUGGGCUGUCAUACCUCUAGAAGGAUAUUGAAAACAAAAACUUUCAAUCACAAUAGGCUUAGUAAACGGUGUAUUUGGUCCUCCUGGUCUUCUGCUCUAUGGAGUGAAGAAAUGCAUCGUGCAACUCAAUUUUUACCGCGGUAGCUUUGACUGGCUGGAUUUGGACGACAUAUUAUCGAGGUGGCAGAUACAACUGCCGGAUUUCGUUUUAUGUUGUAUAGGAGAGUUGCUCCAUAGUUCUCAUAGGUAGGUUACUUGUUGUAGAAGAGGUGAUUAUAACCUCCCAUAGUGGACACCCACAAAAUGAACUAACAUAUUCUUUGUUGCAGACGGAUUCUACUCUAAUUCAAGACGCUUGCAUGUUAGCCGGAACAGAAUAUAGUCUUACGUACCCAUACUUCUAUACCGACCAGUACCAGGUGUCGCAGCCGGGGGGUGGAGGUACUUCUAACUCCUACUAACGAUUUUCAUUUUUUGUUCCCAACAACUAACCUGAUUUUUAUUCAAGUGCGAACUGUUAGUGGAGUCCGAUUUCGUCAUCUUAGAUCUACUUGACCUCUGUAAUAUUAUCAGCUUCUCAGAUCAUCUUAAUCUCCACUACCCUCUUCAACGAACACCAUGAAAGGAGGCCGUUUCAAUUUCGAUGCGGCAAUAACGGUAGUGAAAAACGCGCCAUUAAUAUCUUGGCUGUCGACCUGGGGAACCGAGGAAAGCAGGGCGCAACACAUAGAGGGCUACUGUCACUGCAAAGUAAUCAUCACGCAUAGUCCAGUGUUAUGAAAAGGUCGAAUUUUUUUUGAAAUAGUUAUUCUCUAAACGUUAGGCUUAUCCCAUGAAACAAUGAAUUACUUAGUGCCAAAUGUUGAUGUACGACGACUUCAGUCAUAUCUACCUGGGCGCCCACGCGGCUCCGGGUCUUUCAUAUUUGUACCUCCCAAUUUUGUUCUUUCUCCUCUACAUUCGUCUAUUAAGUAGGGGAAUAAUCCAAAUCCCAUUCCUCUUUCAUCCCACUACAAUCCCGAAGCGGGGAAAGUCGUACCAUUCUCGCAGUGCACUGUUAAUGCGGCGCCAGUGAAGGAAGAGCACCAAAGGAUACCACAAGACUUCGCGAACGUUAUCGGAGAUUGUCUACCCCACGAGCUUUAUCUGCUCAUCUGUGAUGGCGUACUCUCCUCGAAAUUGCCGUUGGUAGUGAUUCAUUGACUUAUCAUAAUCCUAAGACUCGAGCUUCUCUUUACUAUGUAGUUUUUAUGGUACUGUAUAUAAGCACUAUGUUGUGGGGUGCGGACGAUACGGAACAUGGGCUUCUCUUUCGCAAGGUGUGUCUUUUGCUUCUCACAAAAACCAACUAUUUUCCAGGCACUCGCCCGAGGAGUGUGGUACGAACAGACGGCCCCUCUAGUGGAUACCAGUGAAUAUCGAACCCUUGUCACUGACUUGAAAGACUAUCGACAGCGAGCAUUGGGAAGACUGGCGAGACCACUGCACGCGAAAUUUCAUCAGAAGAGGGUGGAAAUGAAAACCUAUUUUGAUCCGCCGGCUGAUGGAGGAGCUUCUUCGAUUAUGGUGACUACGGAUCUAGUUAGACUGGAUAGAAAAGAAAAUGAUGCUUAGUUCAAAUUUCGCUCUGUCAUUAAUUUACCUUUUUGUUUUUACAUCUACUUCUACUUCUCUCCAAUCUUCAAAAUUCAAAAAUUUUUAGCUCUAAUCAGAACGUGUCAACCCACGUAACCCAACUAGAGGAUGGAACCCAAAUACCCAAGUCGUGGGAUGGAACCACCAUGCAGUUGCCACUAGUAGAGCCAACGCCGGUACCCACAGUGCCGAUAUUAGACGCGAUGGUGCCAGAGAUACCAGUAGACGCCAUGAAGUGGUGCUUUUCACCACAAGAAGUAAAAGCGGAGUUGAGGAGGCAGGGUGUGGAGGUACUUUUUAGUAGCAAAAGCGAUCUUUCUGUUUUUGACCUCUACUUUGCAGAGGUACAACCAUUCCACUUUCGUAGUCGGUGACCGUACCUUAUGCUGCUUCGUGUUACCACCAAAUGUAGAAGUAGAUCUUACAUAUAUUUUGGUCCCAACAUCUCCCAUCGGGUAGUCGAUCUCCUCGCAUUCCACAUCCGUUUCUCAACAGGUAGUAGACCUCACCUUCUGUUUGCGAUGGUACGCAUACGCAUUAGCACCGGACAGAGGAGAAGGCGAAAGGGAAUCUCUGUUCCUUAGGUUCGUCUGGUACCUAGCCAAGAGUUUCUCGCUUCUACACUCUCUCAUAGGUAGAAAGGCUACCUCCGACCUCCCUACUAAUUGUACUUCUCGAGGAUGACAAGAAUGAUCUACCCCCUCUAACCUCCGACCCCCCAACGAGGACCAAAGGGCUCCAGUAAGGCUACCGGACGGGUCAGACCAAGAAACCUUAGCGGCUUACGUUUAUUUUAUGGUCCUCGAAGAUCUCGACUUGCUAAGCCCGGAUGGAGGGAUGACGGUGUUGGGAAACGUCUUGAAAGACGCGCCGAAAGAGUACUUCAAGUUUACUACACAUGGCAUUGUCGAUAGCAAACUGAGUGCUAAAGAAGGUCGUGUAACAUUUAACAUGAUUAAGACUACUCCUAGCAAACUAUCAUUUAGACUCGCAUUUCCUACAAUGCUACCAACAACACAGCUUCCAAGAACCGAUGCUGAUAGCGCUUGAGCUGAUGAAAUUUGGAAUAUUGACGGGAGAACCCUGUGAACCUGCACAGAAGGACCAGCCCUUUCCUAGAGGUUGUUAUCCGAAGAAUGAGAUGGGUUCAGGACUUUAUGAUUGGGAAGAAGAAGGACAGCACAUUGAAUUUGUUGACUAAAAGAGGGCUUUGCCUGUAGGCUCCCAUCCCGUACGCAUUUAUGAAACUCCUUUUCGAAAAAUAAGCUGUAAAGUAUACAACGUUCUUGUAUUGAGCAGUUGUACUGCUACUACUAGUUGCAUUUUGGAAAUAUUAUAGAUUAUAAAGAACAGUUCCUCCUCAAUCCCCAUCUUCUGCUCCUUUCAUCCCCUCGGGAAAGCGAACAUCUUGAUCGCAAGAGCAAUAUCGUUGCUGCCUAUGAAGCUCAGGGCUGACAUGUGGAAUGCGGAUGUCUCGUUCGAUAUGACAGCGUUCCACUCAAUGGUGAGGGUGUUGAAGCGGACGCUGAGGCAGUUGACGGAGGUAAAAUUCUCAUGAAAUGGUUUAUCGAUAAUAUCGCUGAGGCAAUUGACGGAGGUAAAAUUCUCAUGAUAUGGUUUAUCGAUUGCUAUGAUCCAUCGUGAAGACCAUCUAUGACGCCCUUAAGGCAGCCUGCGCUGAACUUUGUGCGAGAUGAAUCGUGCUGCAUUGUAUUGCACCUGGGCCACAGCUCUGCCUCUUAUUCAUGGUUGUUUAUGUCUUUCCUUUACUGUCAGGAUCAAGUACUAUGUCGAUAAACACGUAAAUCUCCAUUAACCUACUUCCUCCUUUUCAGGCCAGCGUCUCAUCCUUGCUUCUCGGGAAUCUGGAGCUCUCCAAGGUGCUGCCUAAUAACUUCAUGUGCGUAACGCCCUCGAAAGCGAACCCAUUGCAAUUUCCAUAUCUUCUUUUAUGGCUCGAAGCAAAAGUCUCUACUUGUGUCUAGUGGAUUAUCAUUACAAUGACUCAGCCAGGGCCUCGAGGUCUACUGCUCUGCGCCAACCCCAUCUGAGAAGCCGCCGCCAUUUGCUGGGAGUGUAAUCGUGUCCAUUCCGCUGUCCAUGUCUAGUGGAUCAGCAUUACUAAAGCAGGGAUUCUCAUUACUAGUACGAAUCUGUUGAGCGGAGAUAUUUCAUCUGGGGGGGAAGUCGUCAUGUGUAGUAUCAGGGUCUCUUAAAUUAUGGAAGAAACGAAUGAGACUUUCUCCUCUAUCUUCAACGACGGCCUGCCCUCUAAUUCCCCCAGCUUUCCCAUUGCCGAGAGCGUGUCUCGGGAUCGUUACGAGCUAUUUCCUCAACUACGAAGGAGAAGCGGCAACCUUCAAGCACGAUCUCGAAAUGAACUUUCAAUGCUGUUACCAGGUAUCAACCCAAUGUUGAUACGACUAACAAAAUAUAUUUUCAUCUAUUCUAGUAGGUGACUAAUGUAAAUGUUGAUGUUCUUUUUGUUUCCUAAGGCAGUUUAGGUACAAAUCAAUUUGGUAUUGUUCUGUUUCACUAAAAUAGAAAUCGAAUUCUCACUCUCAACAGGGCAUCGAGGAUUUAGAAAACGGCUUUGCGUUUUGGGUUCACCUAAAGAAGGCCGUGGAUGCGAUCGCGGGACCACUCGGCGCAGAGGAAUUGGCCCAUGAAAUGUCAGUUGCGGAUCAGCAACUACGAUCCCAAUGCGCAAGACUCAGUUUGAAGAUUCCAGGAAAGUAAUAGAGGCAAAAGAAUAAGUAAGAGGAUAAGAUGGAAGAACGAUCAUGAGUAUCUCAGUGUCAUUGGAUAUUGGGCUGGUGAGAUAAUCAAGAUAUCUCUUCCUUUCUUCAAGUGGCGGCUGCCUGAUUCAAGUAUCUGGUGGGGAUGAUAGCAAACGACUGCUCAGUUAGUAGUUGUAAGGCCACCCACACCCUUUAGAUUCAGUUACGGCUGGAUGACCCAGAUUUGUGGUCCUAGUACUUGUAGUGCAUGUGGGAAUAUGAAGAAUGCGGAAUCGUCACGCCUCGGUUCCAGUGCUCGUACUGUGAUGACAUGUACUAGAUGGCGUAUGAGGCUUGGCACUACUCACUUCAAAGUUCGAACCUAUGACAUUCACUAUUCAACAAAUAAGUCAACAAAACCUAAACGGCCAAAGCAGGCUAAGAUGUUUACAUUCACUAUAAUUCUUUCAACAGACACGAUCAGAUCAUCGUCGCUGGGGGUCCAGCAGAAAUGAUUUUUUUAAAAAUAGAUCAUGAGGCGGUGCUAGUACAACCAAUAGUUGUUGUAGCACUCGGUGUACAAACGAAAUUAACUAGAUUUAGUCCGCUUGGCAGUGGCCCCACGCCAUAUGGGAGAUGUAUACGGUGAACUGUGAGUCAAGUCCUAUCGUAUGACUGGUGUGAGUGUAUGAACCGCAGAAGUUAGACUGGUGUGAGUGUAUGAACCGCAGAAGUUAGACUGCUGUGAGUGUAUGAACCGCAGAAGUUAGACUGCUGUGAGUGUAUUUUUUGAAAGUUACGACCACUCACUGCUGCGUGGAAGAGUUCGGCGUGACCUGCUGCGUGGAAACGAGAUUAAGAACUCCCCCCUACGCCGGUAUCCAUGCGGAAAAUACGCAGGUAGGUUUUGACUUAUCGGAACUCGCUCGCACUACAAAAAAAAAGUCAGCACGAGAAGAAUUGAUGUGGAACAAUUUAAGGUUAUGAAUUUUUAUUUUCUUGUUUCUCUUUUAUGCAAACGAUGUUGUAAUUUUUUAGUAGAUGAUCCAUCUAAGAAUAUAUUCUAGGUGUUGCUAUCAAUUUUCACGCAGUGUCCUAAUUUGUGUCUGGAAUCUCAUUAGGGGCAGAAGGACGAACACGCGGCGCCUAAAAAAAUAAACGGAUCCUAAUAUAAACGUGGCCACUAUAGUUCUUCGAUAGGCGUUUAGGCUUAGAUGAUUCUUUUCAUAAUUUUUUUGUUUCCUAGAUAGGCGUGCUCCACCGAUAUUAUUAUUUGAGAUCUAACUAGUUUCUUACCUCAUAAGAAGAGUCCCGGUGUCCCCGUUCUCGGAGUAAUGAAAUGUAUCUAGAAGUUGAACAGCGACGGACCUUGACUCGAGUGUCAUGUCUUAGUCUGUCACAUAUAUCUCCCCUAGUUAGCUCCUCAGCAGCCGCGUAUGUCUGCCAGUUUUUCUGGUAGGCCCACACCUAACCUAACCUAGUCAGGUCGGCUCUACCAAUAUUAAUUACAGCUUCUAGGUGGAAGUGCUACCUCAUUAUAGGGAGUUCAGUUUGAUACAACUCACGUAUAUCUCCGAUUGAUAGUCCUAUCGAUCCGAGUUUUAAUUUAAAAAUCCGAGUACCUACGAGUUUUGAAUUAAUUCACCCCCUUAGUAUAGGGAGCUAUUUUGCUAUGAAGCUGCCGUGAGUGCCCCUGCGUAGGGCGCUACGAUCGCUGCACGCUGUUGCUGCUGUCUACUGAGUUGUAGCUACUACUGUCUACUGAGUUGUAGCUACUUGAACUUGAACUUGUACUAUGAAUUGAUAAUGGGGUUUUUAGUUUUGACAGAUUCUAGGCGACUUCUAGUGGCUAGAAAAUGGGUUUUGAUUACCGGUCCUCGCUGUGAUAGGAUUUAUAACUUAAUACUUUUUGAAGUUAGCUACGACUACAUCUCAUGCCUUUUGGCGUCGUACUCGUAGGUAAGCGGAAGCUUCAAAGAAGAACUGCUCAAAGAAGAACAGACUUCGUUCAAUAUCUUGGAUAACACCAUUUUUACGUGGAUUUGUAGUAUGCAUUGGUCAAUGAUUUUAUUUUGAUCGUAGUCUAGAAUACAAGAAAAAUUUCGGACGUUGUGCAUGUGUUGCGGCUUCUUUCAUUUUUAACUUGAAUGGGGAGAUGGCUUCUGAAAAGGACAUCAAGAAAGAGGAUGCACAUUUUGCUAAAGUCGUUUUUAUGUUAAUAUGGAGGCAAUGAUAUUCUUGUAAUAGACAAAUGCAAAAGCUGGCAGGCAGGACAAUGAUCUGCUACGUUUCACAAGCACGGCAUCUGGUAGUCUACAUCUGGUAGACGACAUGGGGCACGGCAUCUGGUAGACAAGUACGUGGAGUACGGCAUCUGGUAGACGACAUGGCAUCUGGUAGACAAGUACGUGGACGGCUACAGUGCGAACAAGCAGGUGCCCCAUGUCGUCUACCAGAUGCCCAAUGAUCGUCUACGUGGAGUACGGAAUCUGGUAGACGACAUGGGGCAC